UCGCGACUGCUCCUUUCCUCGCGUGUGCCACCACCUCUAAAAGCGUCUCUUUCGUUCUAUCGCGAUAGAAAUCGUGUCGAGCCGUAAUAAUGAGACAACAAAGUAUCGUAUUACGCUUCUAUAUACCGUGAAACGCGAUAUGAACGUCCGAAUAAUCGCGAGUUCGCGUUUUCUCGCGAUCCUCGUCUCGAUCGCGAUCCUUAAACCUUUCGUUCUUGCCAAUUAUUCUUGCUCUGUUCUAUGUGAUUGUGAUAUUUGGUACACAUUGAAACGUGCCAAUUGCACCGGACGACGUCUUUAUAGUAUUCAUACCGGUGCAUCGAAUCUUGUACAGGCUUUGGAUUUAUCGGACAAUACGAUAUCCUCGUUGGAAAAUUAUGAACUUUCUGAAGCAGGCCUGACCAAUCUGAAAUAUUUGAAUUUGUCGAAAAAUUCGAUAAGUCAUAUUACCCUGGAAGCAUUCUCUGGUAUCACCGAAUUGAGGGUAUUAGAUUUAUCAAGAAAUUAUCUUUAUUAUCUACUUCCCGACAUCUUUCUCGAGACGAAGAACUUGCGUAUAUUGAAAUUAUCAAGGAACAAUUUUAAUAUACAGGUGCCAAAGCUCCAAUGUCCAUGGCUGACGGAACUCGAUGUGCACUCGUGUCAAAUCAGUCACAUACCUGUAGACACGUUCGCCGGACUGACUCAUCUUCGAAGCCUCGAUCUCACAAACAACUUGAUGAUUCAGCUAGAUAACGUUGUCCUCAAGCCCUUGCAAUUCUUAAGGAAAGUAUCAUUGGAAGGAAAUCCUUGGUCUUGCAACGGAAUGAUGUACGAUCUCGAGAAUAAUCUUCGUUUAAGAAAGAUCGAAUACGAUUUGAUUUGUAAUAAAACGAUAAAAGGACCGAAGAAAUUUGAGAAGAUAAUGUUGAAGCCUUUGAUAUAUUCGAAAGUUCGUACGCAUUCUUCGACUUCCUCCAAGGAAUACACAAAGUUUCAGGAAGUGAUAAAAUGUGAGGAUAAUUUCAAUAAUUCUUCUACAUCGUCGACUAACGAUUUGCAAAAUAUAUUCAAAAAUUACUCGAAGAUAUCGCCCUAUUGGUUUUUAAUUAUGGGAUUUUUACUUGGUUGUGCUAGCAGUAUGGCCUUUUAUUACGUCUGCCUUUUAAAAAAAUUCAUAUACUGCUGCCGUGAACACGAUUAUCGUGAUCGUACGACGAACGACGAUCCACAGAGACUUUUCCUACUUCAUAGUCAAUGGCACGUCGCAACAGAGCCUACGCUCGAUUCAAGUCAAACAAUAUCCUGUCCAGGUACUCCUCCGCCACCAUAUCGUGACGUUAUUCUACGACCGGGACUUUAGAGCCGCAACUCCAAUUUAAAUAACAAUACUGCCGGAUACGGUGCGUGAUCAAAGUAACGUUAGAAAAAAGGGACUCCUCUAUAUUACGCAUCGUAUAAUAUUCAUGGCAAUUAAUAAAAUCUAUAUAAAACCUGCUCACCGUAUAACGACUCUGUGAAAAAAGAUUUAAGAAAAAAAAAAAAAAAGAAAGAUAAUAAUAACAAUAAAAUAAAAAGAAAGAAUUCUUUCCUUCCCUUUUUAAGAACGUAGAAAUAAAAGUGAUUUAAAGUCAUUACAAUCUGAUAAGAUUAAGUGGAAAUUUCAAAAUUGAUUUGAAGGAGAAAGAAAAAUUCGCAGAGGUAACGCUCGUCUGAUCGAAAGUAUUAAAAAGAUAAAUCUAGUCUUCAAAUUAUUUUUUCCUAUGUAAAAUAUAUGGUAGAAUUUUUUAUUCUAAAACGCUAUAUAUAUAUAUAUAUACACAUAUACAGAGAUUUAUAACAAGGAGGUAUAAACGUUUUACAAGAAACAAGUAAAGAAAAAAAAAAAAAAACAAAAAAAAAGAAAAGGAAAAAUAAAGAAAGGUAUAAAACAAAAAUAUGGUUAAAAUAAAGAGACUUGUGAAUCUUGAAUAAAAUGCGAUGUGAUUCUCAAAAAGAAAAAAUACACACACUUUACACUUUACACUUUAUAGGGAGGGAACGACUAAAAAAUACAAAAUAAAAAGAACAAAAAAGAAACAAAAAAAACA